AUGAGUUCCAAACAAGUUUUUAGGGAAGGACUGAAGGCAGUUCUCUCAAAAAUCCCUGCCAUAGAAUUGGACAAACAAUCAGUAGCGAUAACCAAUGCUGUUCUGCCAUUAGUACAACAAUAUCAAUCAGUAGCAUGCUACAUGAAUAUGGAUAAUUCAGAAGUAAAGACGCACGAUAUUCUACGACGUUUGUUUCUUGCCAACAAAACAGUUUACUUACCUCGUUGCACUAACACAAAGGUAACAGGGCAAAUAUCAUUGAGACCAAACAAAAAGAAUCACCCUCAUUUGACAUUUCACAAGAUGCAAUCUUGGGAACAAGUUCAAAACUUGACUCCUCAGGGGAAAUACAAACUUAAAGAGCCUCCAGAAGAAACACCAAUGCCAAUGCCGCCUCAGUUGGAUGUCAUCUUGGUACCUGGUGUUGGCUUCUCCUUGAAUGGCGGCAAAAGGAUUGGUCAUGGAGCAGGCUUUUAUGAUGACUUUUUCCAAAGAUACCAAUUGCAUCAUAAUGGGGAAAAACCUCUACUUAUUGGGAUCGCCUUGAAAGAACAACUUAUAGAUGACAUUCCCACAGCAGAUCAUGACUAUUCUAUGGAUUGUAUUGUUGUAGGAGAUGGAUCUGUUCACUGGUUUAAAUAG